UUCAAUUUCGCCCCUUUUUCUCCUCCUCUUCCAUUCUUUCCUCUUCUCCAUUUCCAAUCUCUCGAUUCCGCUGUUGUUUUCCUCUCUAAUCUCUUCAAUUCGCUUCAAAGUUGUCAUCUUUUUGCUGUUUCGAUCCGACUUUUCUCCAUUUUCUAGGGUUUUUUUGGUUCUCUCAUUGCUAGGGCUCGGUGUCUUCUUCAAGCCCUCGUUGCGUUUGGGGGUUUUCUUCUAUCGAGCGCUUUGCGUGGGGGACUUGGCUUCGUUUUUAGGGUUUCGUGAUUCUGUUAUUGUUGUUGUGAUCAUUGGAUGCUCUCGUAUUGAUUUUGUAUCUAGGGUUUUGGUUAUCAAAGCUUUUUUUUCUUUGUUUUCUUUGCCUUUUUUAUUUUUGGAUUUGUUUCAACAGAGUUAGGGUUGGAAUCUUGAGUCCCGAGAAGGCGAUCGUGUCAAGAUUGGGAUUUUAAGGUUCUUGAUGAUUGUUCGUGGAUUAUGAAAGAUUGUUGUUUGUGAUCUUUGUGUCAUUGGAUUGGAUUGUUUUGAAGGGGAUUCAGUGUGUGCUUGCGUUGGAGACGGCAGAGUUUAGCUGUGAAGCACUAGCAUUUGCAUGGGCCAGCAUGGAGGCUGGGCACCGCCGGGUGGCUUGCAGCCCAAUGGACUUUUGUCCACUGAUGCUGCUGGUGUUACCCGAGUGCUUGAUGAGGAACGGUGGUCUCUUGCCGAAGAGAGAACAGCGGAGCUGAUUGCUUGCAUUCAGCCCAACCGGCCUUCUGAGGAACGCCGGAAUGCUGUGGCUGACUAUGUCCGACGACUUAUCAUGAACUGCUUCCCUUGUCAGGUUUCUACAUUUGGUUCUGUGCCUCUUAAGACUUAUCUACCUGAUGGAGACAUAGAUUUGACAGCAUUUAGCAAGAAUGAGAAUUUGAAAGACACAUGGGCAAUUACAGUACGUGACGUGCUACAGAAUGAGGAGAAGAAUGAGAAUGCCGAGUUCCAUGUUAAAGAAGUUCAGUAUAUUCAAGCAGAAGUAAAGAUAGUAAAGUGUCUUGUAGAAAAUAUUGUUGUAGAUAUAUCUUUUAAUCAGGUUGGUGGGUUGUGUACACUUUGUUUCCUUGAAGAGAUUGACCAUUUGAUAAAUCACAACCAUCUCUUCAAACGAAGCAUUAUAUUGAUUAAAGCCUGGUGUUACUAUGAGAGCCGUAUACUUGGUGCUCAUCAUGGGCUUAUAUCCACCUAUGCUUUAGAAACUCUGGUUCUUUAUAUAUUUCAUGUGUUUAACAAUUCGUUUGCUGGACCACUUGAGGUUCUAUAUCGUUUUCUUGAGUUCUUCAGCAACUUUGAUUGGGACAAGUUCUGUGUGAGUCUUUGGGGUCCAGUUCCAGUUAAUUCAUUGCCUGAUAUGAUUGCGGAACCACCUCGGAACGAUGGUGGCGAAUUAUUGCUUAGCAAAGGAUUUCUUGAUUCAUGCAGCAUGGUGUAUGCUGUUUUCCCAGGAGGUCAAGAAAGCCAGGGCCAGCCUUUUAUUUCAAAACAUUUCAAUGUAAUUGAUCCCUUACGAAUCAAUAAUAACCUUGGUCGCAGCGUCAGCAAAGGGAACUUUUUUAGGAUACGUAGUGCCUUUUCUUUUGGAGCAAAAAGACUAGCCAAAUUAGUUCAUUGUCCAAAAGAAAACCUCAUUGCUGAAUUGAAUCAGUUCUUCAUGAACACAUGGGAGAGGCAUGGUAGUGGUAAUCGCCCUGAUGCUCCUAGCCCAAGUCUCUGCCAGUUGCAACCUUCAAAAAGUGGUUCGCAAGAAGAAUCUAACAAUUCCAGAAGCACAUCAAGCAUUAAGAAAAAUAGCGAACGUUUGGGUCCUGUUGAGUAUCAGGCUGAAGGCAGUCUUGGCGUUCAAGCUAGGACUUCUCAGAUUUUUAAAAAUAUCAGGCAGCAGUCAGCAAAUAUUGUUAAAACGAGUGCUCCAUCAGCUUCUUACUCUCCAAUCCAGCAAAAUAUCUCCAACCCAAGCAACACCAGGGCUUCAGAUAAGGUUGAGAAGAGCACUAGUUCAAGAGGGUCUUCUCAAGCUGAAAAGAAUCAGAAAAAUUCCAGGCCUGUUUAUCCUCUAAAUGAUCUGGGAGGCCAGGCAAGGUUUCAGUUUGCAAGGACACGUUCAAGUCCAGAACUAAUUGAUUCAUCUGCAGAAGUGUCAUUUGGGGGGAAUAAAAACAAAGUUCCAGGUACAGGGAAAGAUCAGAUUGCUCACACAAAGUCUGAGUAUAGUUUUGGUAGAAAAGAAUCAAGCUAUGAAGCUUCUGGAUGCCAUAGUGGAAUAUCUUCUGAUGAUCCAUCAUCUUUGAGGCAGAUUUCCCCUCAUAAAAGCCUUCGGUCUUCUGACUUAGACAGUGUUUCGAGUGAUUAUCAGGAUGUUGGCUUCACAACUGUGGGUGGAGACCUUGGUUCUGUUGCUGAAGCAAUCGAGUUACAGCAGGAAUUGGACCAGGAGCAGCAGGAUUUGAUCAAUUUGGGAGCAUCUUCCAGUGGUCAUAAUUUUUCUGGCCCAAUUCGUUUGCCCUUGCAUUUUAGUAUGCCUCAUCUUCCUAUACCAUUGCCUCCUUCUCUGGCUUCACUUGGUUGUGCUCAAAGAAAUUUGGCAAGCAUUUAUCCCACUAACUUUCCAUUAAUAGACCCAGCAUGGGCACCCAAAUUUGAUUUCUCUCAUGCUCUUAUUUCUUCACAAUUCUCCCAUGCUUACCCUACUUCCACUCUCAGUUCAAAUUCAGAAGAAAUUGAAUCUGGCAAUGAAAGUUGUAGUGUGCCAGAAAUAAAUCAUGAGGAUAAUGAUCAUUUCUGGCAUGAACACGUGGCUGGAUCCAAUAGAGGGUUUGAACUUGAUGCUGGAGGUUUUCAUAGGAUCGUUCCUGAUGAUCAAAAACAGCCAACUCUGGGAUUUCUCGACUCUGUUGCAUCAUUACAGGUAAAUAAUUCGGGUGCUCCCUUUGUGCGAGGACAUCAUAAGUUUGCCAGGGAGGAGAAAGAAUUGGCAACUGAUGAUUUUACUGCUUUCCAUCAUCAAACAAGCAGAACUAGUGAAAAUAAUGCUAAUGAGAGGACUGGGAACUCAAGAUCCCUUUCUGGCCAUCAGCCUGGCUCUUCAAGGAAUAAGUCAGCUUCUGAAAAUUCGUGGGAUGGAUCAUCCAUCAAGGCCUCCAAGCCAGUGAAGGAUAGACGUGGAAGGAAACCUUCUUCAGAUGCAACCUCUGUUCCCGCUAAAACAAAAAGUGGGUGGCAGCAUGAGGAUUCUUUGGAUUUGUUUUCUGCACAGGCCGAUGAUGAAGCUUCACCACGUUCUAGAAGCCAUCAGUCACCCGGAUAUGAAUCUGCAGAGAUUGCUGGUGCAGACUCGAUGAUUUCAAUCUCACCACUGGUUAGUGGUUCGCAGCAGAAGUUGGUUAAUAAUAAUACUGGGGUGGUUCCUAUUGCAUUCUAUCCAACUGGUCCUCCUGUUCCCUUCCUGACGAUGGUGCCAGUCUAUAAUUUCCCUUCUGAAGCAGGCAAUUCCAAUGGCCCGACCACCCAAGUGGAUAAUGAUGAGUUGCUGGAGCAUGGUCAUGUCAAUUCAUGUGAUCAGAAUUUUGAUGCAGGAGAGAGUCUUGAUCAGUUUGAAGCUCAUUUAGGUUCAGCUGCAUUAAGAACUGCUCCCAUUCUUGCGGAGGAGCAUAAGGCUGACAUUCUAAAUAGUGACUUUGCUAGUCAUUGGCAGAGUCUGCAAUAUGGACGAUUUUGCCAGAGCACACGCCAACAAGGGCCAUUGAUUUACUCUUCUAAUGCCCCACCAGUAUACCUGCAAGGGCAUUUCCCAUGGGAUGGCCCUGGUAGACCAUUCUCAUCCAAUGGAAAUCUUAUUACGCAGAUUGGAAAUUAUGGCCCGAGAUUGGUUCCUGUCACCGCUCUUCAGCCUGGGCCUCGUAGGAAUUCUGGUGUCCAGCGUUUUGCUGAGGAAAUCCCCAGAUAUCGACGUGGUACUGGAACCUACUUGCCGAAUCCUAAAUCUUUCAGGGACCGCCAAUCUUCAAACACAAGAAACCACAGAGGAAAUCAAAAUUUUGAUCAGAGGGAUCGAUCUGACAGGGAGAGUAGCUGGAUUAACUCGAAAUCACGCAACGCUGGCCGAAGUUAUGGUCGACCUCAAGCUGAGAAACCAAGCCUUCAGUCUGAUCGAUUAUCUGCAACUGACAACCGAUCGGACAAAACAUGGAAUUCAUAUAGGCAUGAACCAAUUACAUCCUACAAUUCCCAUACCAGUUCUUUUCGGUCAAGUAACCCCUCAAAUAGCUCAUCAAGCACAACAUAUGGUUCAUACCAACCACUUCCAGCUUUAAAUGCAAAUGGAGCUAGUCCAACAGGACCUGCACUUCCUCCCUUUGUGAUGCUGUAUCCAUUUAAUCAAGGAGUUGGAUAUGGGUCUCCUGCCGAGCAGCUUGAAUUUGGUUCAAUAGGGUCAGUUAGUUUGUCAAGUAUGAAUGAAGUACAAGUACAACCCAAUGAGGGUGUUUCCGCCAGGGGAGCUUAUGACCAGAGACAAAAUGCACAUUUUGGAGGUUCUUCGCGUUCUUCGCCAGAUCGACCCUCCUCUCCUUUAAUACCGAGGUCGCGAUGAAUAACUCCUGAGCAAAGUCAAGGAAAUCGGUCAUCUGAAAGCUGGAGCUUUUCAAAGAAUUACUCAAUUAAUCAUGUUAUGAACAGUGGUGGUCGGCGCCGUGAAGCCUUUAUCGACAAUUCCUCUUGUGCCCACAGCUCUCAUCUAAUCUGCAACUGAUCUGGGGAGUUUCAUUUCACCUGCUGUUCAUGUACAGUAAUGCCGACAUCCUUUAGGUCUAGCAUAAAUGCUUCAGAUGUACACUAACAAAUGGUUGAUCUUCUACCCAUUUAGUUAGGAACCACUAGCAAGUAAAAAGGUUAAUAUUGUGGGUGUCACAAGAGGCAUUUCCUUUCUUCUCCUCUGUUUUAGUUUUCUGGUUAAUACACCAUGAUACCAUCAAUGUAUGAUUUAGGGUUAUCUUUUCCAGCUUUAGGGGCUGCUAGACUUGUUAAAUUCCAUUUGUAACUCUUUUUCAAACUUAACCUACCAUUUUAAUGCCCAAGAUUUUGAUACA